AGUUCCCCUCCCUCCCCCCAUCUCCGCCGCGCCAAUGCGGCCGCUACAAAAGCCACGCCGCCGGCACUCGCCCAAGCCGAUCCCGGGGAACCCCGUGGAGGUGGUCCCCGACGAGCCCGGCCUGCACGGGACCGCCCACUACGCCGCCGUCGUCUUGGCGCGCAGCCCCACCAGCUACACCGUCGAGUACGAUGCCCCCCUCGAGCGCGAGGACUCCGACCUCCCGCUCCGGGAGGUCGUGCCGGCGCAGAUCCUCCGCCCGCGCCCGCCGCCACGCUGGUCCGCCUCGGGGGAGGCCGUGGAGCACGCCGCCGUCGACGCAUUCCUCGACGACGCCUGGUGGCUCGGGGUCGACCUCGGCGUUGUGGACAGGGACGGGAAGGUCAGGGUGUGCUUCCCGGAGACGCGGGAGGUCAUGGAGUUCGACGCCGCCGACGUCCGACCCCACCUCGAGUGGGUCCGCGGCUCUUUUAAGCAGCGCUCCGCCCGGGGCAUGGAGAAAACCGAGGCAGUGCCUUACACGAAAGGAAUGAAAAUUGAAGUUUCCAAGUUGGUAGAUAAUUCUGUUGUUGCUUGGUUGCCUGCAUUUGUUGCGAAGAUUUUCUGGAAGAACAACCUCUUAGUGGAUUACACUGUUUCGAAUAAUGAUGGUACUGCAUUGCCUGAUGAGAUUGUUGAUGUGAAGCACGUCAGGCCUUGCCCACCACAAGCAUCAGAUAUUAGCUUCUGCAUCAAUGAUGAGGUUGAAGCAUUCCAAGGCGGUGGCUGGUGGCUAGGGGUGAUCACUGAUGUUCAUCCAGAAUUAAAAUACACAUUCAAGUCAGCACAUUUAGGGAUGAAAGUUCAGUUGAGCCAAAAAUUACUGAGGCCUAGAUAUGACUGGGUUUAUGGUCUACAGAAUGUCAGCAGCAAUGAUGAAGAGUUUGGUGGAGCUUGGAUUGAGGUUGCACGCGGCAAGGAUACUGCUGUUCCUAGGAAAAAGAAACAACCAAAUAAUCUCUCUUUUUCUUGGAAGAGCACUACUCCCAAAUCCGGCACUCCUCCCAGAGCUGCUUCAAUAAAGAAGAGGAAAACUCUAGCUGAUGGACUGCCGGACCUUGCGCCAUGCCUGGCGAAGAAACACAGGUCUCCCAAACUCAGGCCAUCUGAAGAAAACAAGCUCUGCGAGUCGUCUUCCAAGGAGAUAUAUCCAGACCUCCAAGAAAAGCAUCUGCUCAGAGAUGCCCCUCGUCCAGAUGAGCAGGCGGAACCUGCUCCACAACCUGAGCCCACUCCUGCACGUGCUCAAAGGAGGAAAACCAUUCUGAAGCUGUCUCUUCCAAUGAUUCAGCCUGCAGCUGUUCCAGACACCACCGUCUCACCCCAUACUCGGGAAUCUGAUGUCCAGAGGAAUGAGGCAGUACAGAAUACUGUUCCUGAGGUAGGGACGUGCACCAAGUCCCCAGCCAAAUCCCUGCCCACUCCCUUGGAUGACAUAAUCAAAGAGCUGAAAGAUUGCCGAGAGCAAUGGCUUCAAGCCCAGUCUCAACUAGAUCAUUCAGCGACUAAGGCCAAGGAAAUGGAGGGACAGGUGGCCAAACUCCGAGCAGCCCAUGAAGCUGAUGCACAGCACCUUCGGGAGGUGAGGAACAAGCAGGCAAGCCUUGAACAAAGACUCAAGCUGAAGGACAAGGAGAUUGAAGACCUGAAAAAGAAGCUCGUUGAUUUGGAUGAGCAGAAGUCCUGCAUUGAAGCUGCGCUACCCCGGGGCGCUGUGAUGGUCGCUUCCCAUGCUCUUGGAAUUCUGAAAAAUCAUGUCCCUGAUCUAGAUAUCGGGAUCUUAAGCAAGGGGUAUGCAUGCAUGCCUGCGGAGGCCCAAGCUCUGGCCGAUCAAGUUCGUCCAAUAGUUGAACCCUUCAUCGAGCGUCUUGGGCUGUCGGUGAGUGUUGUGGAUGCCUUUGUUGGGCGUACCUAUAGGCGUAGGGCCAAGCAGGGGUAGGGGUCGGCAAGUUGGGUGUUAGUUUCGUCAGAAGAUCAGCAAGAGGUUAGGAUAGUUGGAAGGCAAUCUUAUCAGGUCAGGUUUGUUAGGGAUUUGUUAGUAGCUGGCGUUAUAUAAGCCGGGGAAGUCCUGGAGUUUGUAACAAGAAAUUUAUCUCUAAUUGCAGAGCCUCUUCGGAGGGAGAACAGGGAGAUAUCCUUGUAAAUUGCAAUUAAUAAAGCUGAUCUCGUUAAGCUCACAUCAGUAAGUAGUGCAUCUGAAGAUGCAGUUGAGUUUGCACCUGUAAUGAUACAAUGGUUAGUGAUGUGCAUAUGCAAAAUGCAGAACUGGCUUUGCCGUUUUGCCCCCUCA